AUGCCGCCCAAGGCAAAGCCUCCUCGCUCUGAACCCGCACCUUCCGCAUCUCCGGGCUCCGCCUCAUCGCCACCCCGACUGGCCGGCACCUCGCGCGAUCUGUCCUCCACAUCAUUAGGCUCGUUGCCUCAAAUAGAAGUGAAACCACAGAAGGCUUGUGUUCUCUGCCGCCGAUCCAAGGUCAAGUGCAUCCACGACGGAGCACCUCCCUGUAAGCGCUGCAGGGAUACGCAUCAAGAAGCGCAAUGCAAGUUUCGACUUCGAGCUGACGAUGAGACGUGGCGUGAGCGCACCGACGAGGUCUUGAGUCGGCUCGGCGAUAGUGUGGACUGGCUUGUACAGCAUCAGCGACAACAGCAACAACUGCUACAGCAGCAGCAGCAGCACAUCGUCCGGGACCGCUCUGACACCACUGCUUCGAGUGCUUCCUCGAUGUCGGCACCAUCGCCCCGAAAGCCGCAUCGUUCCACUCUCUAUCGACCAGCUCCGCCUCCGCCUCCCGGGAGAGGACCGAGUGCAAGUGGGUGGCAUGCACAUCCGCAUCCUCCGGCUUUGCAGGGCGAUCAUAUACCCUCGCCUUCAGAUCCUGCGAUGCAAAAUAACGGCCAAGCGCCUCAUGAUCGUCCCUCGUUCACCACCUAUCUCGGCUUCGAUGGCGCUGCUGGCCUGCUUAGCCCGGGGAACUCGCACGCUCGUUCCGCCUCAUCGCCGUCUUCUUCCACCGCUGCUGCUAGCCGACAUCACCGUGCUCAUUCCACGUCGCAAACUUUCCGACCAUUGCACAACCCCCAUCCACCUCCAUCAUUCCUUCCCUCACCGGCGCAUCAACCCCAGUUGAUGGAGACCAAGCCGUUCUCGGCCUCUGUUUCGGCGUCCCACCUCGCGGCAUCGCAUCAUGUCCCUGCUCCUGGACCAACAGCCAUACCGGGCCCCGCACAGUCGUCCCCCGUACGGCAUCCUCAGCAAGCGUCUGCCCUCGAACCAGGCCAGAGCCGGCCUUCCCCGAUCCUUUACGCUGCUCAACGGCCGUUGAGCAACACUCCGCAAUCUAGCAGAUUACGAUCGAGAUCUGCGGCAGCCAAAGCGAUCUCACCGUACGCACGACCGUCCCACUUUAUCGGACGCAACGAUCCACGCCUCACGGUGAUCUCGAUGGGACUCAUCUCGAUGGAUCAAGCGCGACAUCUGUUCAAGUUCUUUGCGCGCUAUUUGCAGCCGCACUGCUUCGGAUUCCCAGCUUACCCGGCGAACGAGCACAUGACGCCGCUCAUUAUUGCUUGCAUCUUAAUGGUGUCGUCAAUACACGAGCCCAACACGAGGCACUUUUUCGAACGCUUCCGUCAUGAAGCCUUCUCAUCUCCUCUGCUACUCGAUCAACCCAUCGAUCCACUUGCUCCGCUCGAUCCGGAACUGGGUAUCGGUGUCGAAGAGAUCACUGGCGCCUGCAUUGCCGCAUGUUGGUUGGGUGGCCAGACCGCGCUCUCCAUCGCCCGUCUUGCUCGAUACUGGGCCAUUGCAUACCUUGAACACUUUGAGGUGCGCUCCGCCCAGACUCUGGGCGAAUGGAUGACGAUUUUACCGCCUUUCCGCCAGAUUGAUCUGGUGGGCAAGCUUCGCAUCUGGCUCAUGUCGUACAUCACCGAAGCGCAACAGGCCGUGAUCAACGAUCAGCCGAGCCUGUUUCCCGAAAGUCAGCCAGCGCAUUACUGCCAGGGUCUGCUGAAUGCCAGCAGCCACAGUGGAGAGCUGUCCGAGACAUUUGCCAACGAAGAGGGUGGCAUCAAGACCUCCGAGUCAAUCAACACCAUGGACGGCACCCCAAAGUCGAACCACUCUCAAUCCUCGGCCGUACCGCCACUGCCGAACGACGGCACAGGUGGCAUCGGCUCGUUCACAUCAGAUCGCCAGCUCGUGGCCCAUGCCAGAAUGAUGUCCAUUCUCCUCGCUGCUCAAGAUCUAGCUCGCUCCGCGCGCGCCGCGGCGACUCCUGUCAAACCGACAUCGACAGAUCCAGCCUCAUCCCUACAUGCACAGGAGCAGAGGGCGUUCGAGCCCUCCCACAUGGUGGAGCGAUGGCGAGAGUGGCUCGAAGAGCUUAACAGAUGGCGUUUGCUCACCUCCCAGCAUUCCGAUCUGUCGGACAACUCGCUCGAGUCGAUCGAUCUGUCGCUGCUCUACCACCUCUCGCGCACGUUCCUCGCCUCGCACCCGUUGGAACCAGAGCUUGGCAUCCUGGACGAGACGCAGCAGGCCCUCCGGGCUGCUUCGAAUGCCAAUCCGCCCGACUUCUCGCGGCUUGCUGUUGCGCAGCUGCGAACUAUUUCGACAGCCAAGCACUCUGCGCUGUUUGCGCUCAAGCUGGCCACGACCGAGUUUGGCGAGAAGCUUUCAUACCUGCCGCAGUUUUACCAUUGGUUGCUGGGUCAUGCCGCUGGCCUGCUCCUGCUGUUGGUGCAGCGCAGGGAGGUAUUUCUCAUGGCGAAAGAGGCAGAGUCCCUGCUCGAAGUCACGGAAAAGUUCGUUCAGCUGUACGUGUUCCGCAUCGCGAGUCACUCUUUGCAUUCGGCUACGGGUGAUAAUGGGUUGAGCUCGAGCAUGCAACGAAACGAACGAGAGCGAGUUGGGAUCAAGCGAUCCGCAUCAGACGCGGAGCUGGGAGAAGGCAACCUGGACAACGAACGUCGAAAGCAUCAGAGCGGACCAGGCGCAGAUGGCAGUAGCGAUCCGCUCGACUUCCAAUGGCCCUUCAUGUCGGGCUUUCCGACGUCGACUCAUGCUCAAAACGGAUCCUCUGCCGCAACUGCUGGGAAUGGCGCUCAGAGCAGUGCUAGUUCGGCAGGCGCGGCAACCAUGUCGACCUCGCCGAACCCGAUUUCGCAGCAACAGCUGAACCACGGCAACCCAGCGGAAAAGCAUCCUGCGCUGGCCAACGCUCAAGCUCUAGCUCGCACGCUUUACCUCGUCAAGAUGCAGGUGCAGUCUCUCGAUGUACAGCUUUGA